AUGGAAAUAUUCAGCCAGAAAGAUUACUACCCGACCCCAUCCUCGAAUGUUAUUAGCUAUGAGAGUGAUUGCACGCCGAAACCAGUGAAUAGUGCAGAUCUGCCUGCUUUAAUCGUACAUCUUUCUUCCCCUUCAGAAGGCGUGGACUAUAGCGCAUUCGCAGAUUUCUUCCUUAUUUAUAGGAAUUUCAUAACGCCUCAAGAUUUACACGAUUUACUCAUCUACAGAUUUAGGUGGUGUAUUAGGGAGAUCACCACAAAUGCUAAAAAGGCCAAGAGAAGACGAAUUGGAGAGGUGGCCCUAGUGAGGACGUUUGUAUUAUUAAGACAUUCCAUAUUGAAUUAUUUUGUUCAAGAUUUUCUACCAAAUAUUACCUUAAGGCUCCGGCUGAUCGAGUUUUUGAACGAUGAACAUAUUGCACAGUAUCCCAAGAUAAUUUGCAGUUGUAUAAUCAACUUGAAAAAAAACUGGGUACAUUGCUCCAAGUUGGUCUGGGAAAAUAUUGAACUAAAUGAGCCAGAAAAACUAGACUUUGAUGCAUGGUUACACUGCUCGUUGAAGGAUUUUACGCAACUGACAAGCUCACAUAAAAGAGGAAGCCGACUGAGUAUCUAUGCGAGACAAAGCGUCGCUAGUCCUGAUUUCCGUAAUCGAAGCGUUUUGUCAUUAUAUAAAACUUCAGAUAUAUUUAGACUUCCGGAAAACCAGCAGUCUUCAGAACCUCCGAAGAGCCAGAGGACGCCCUCAAUGCUCUUAUUUCCUGAUAACACAUCAAACGGAUAUUCAAAGCACCGAAUAGUGAAAGAACCGCCCGUUGAUAUAGAAAGCGAGAAAAUAUCGGACAACACGCGAAAGAUAAGCCACUUGUCCAAGGUAACCCUCGUGUCCACAUUUAUGAAAGGUGUAGACUAUCCAUCAUCAUAUGCAGUGGAUAAAAUAAUGCCACCCACACCGGCUAAAAAAGUUGAAUUCAUUUUAAACUCGUUAUACCUACCCGAAGAAUUGAAUGAACAGAGUGGAACCCUACGAGGCACAUCAACGACAUCGUCUAUAGAUGAUAAUAGUAAUACUAAUAGUAGAUCUAACACAUCCUCGAUGUCCGUAUUACAUCGUAGUGCUAUUGGCCUUUUGGCCAAGUGGAUGAAAAACCACAAUCACCAUGAUAGCAGCAACGAUAGAAAAUUCAUGAAUACUGUCAAUCCAGCGAAUCAAAAGCCUGAAAUGGAUGCAUUUGUUAAGUACGUCGUAUCAAUAUCAUCACUCAAUAGAAAAUCUUCCAAGGAAGAAGAAGAAGAAUUCCUUAAUUCAAAUUCUUCAAAAUUUGACAUCUUAAGUGCGAGAACUAUAGAUGAAGUGGAGUCCUUACUGCAUUUACAAAAUCAGCUAAUAGAAAAGAUUCAAAUACAUACAAAUGGCGACCAAGGCUCUACGGCAGAUGUGAAUGAUAAACUUCGAGAACGCAUGAAUGAUAUAAAGCUUCUACAACGAAGUAGCCUCAAACCAAGUAAUGAUAAUUUUAGUGCUAUGGACAAUUUGGACCUUUACCAAACGGUAAGUUCAAUUGCCCAAUCCGUCAUUUCCCUGACUAAUACUUUGAACAAGCAACUCCAGAAUAAUGAGCCAAACAUAUUACCAUCGCCUUCUUAUGAUGCACUGCAACGAAGAAAAGUAAAAAGUUUCACGACAGCUCACUACAAUAAAGGGAGUGGCAGCUGCUCAACAGAAAGUAUGAGACUUUUCGAUAAAGACGCCAAUUUUCCACCUACAGAGGAGAAUGGACCUCAAAGGCUCUUAUUCCAUGAAGCCGAUAAAACCAACUCGGACACAACCCCAAAUAUGACACCAAGGAAGAAAAAUCAUUCACAAUGUCAAAGAAGCAUGACUUCUUCACCUUUGAAAAAUAUUCUACCUGAUCUCAAAGAAUCAUCGCCCACAGAUGUUAGUCGGGACGGUACGGAAUCGAUCUCAUGUUCAUAUGAUUCUGAGCUGUCAUCCGGUUCCCCACCUAGAGGCACCAUAACAAAGGACUCAGAGAAUGUCAACCACAUCAUAAAUAACACAAACACUCGAGCUUUGAAAACGAAAACUGGGUUUCUAAAUUUGAGAGAGUUUACGUUCGAAGAUACCAAACCUCUUAAUGAAAAUAAGAAAGUCCUUGACGAAAAGAAGAGUACUAUAAACAACGUUGAAGGAAACGGCAGUAAUGAAGAAAAUAACGAAACACAACGCAAAAACAUGGAAGAACUCGAUGACUUUGUAGAUGCAUCAUUAGAUUCAGAUAAUUGUGAUUUAGGCAAAGUCAACAAAAACUCUCCAUGCAACCGCGUGGCUAAACAGGCAGUUGUCAGACCUGCUAGCGGAAGAAUAAGUAUUUCGAGGGUCCAAAGUAUAGCAAUAACACCAACAAAGCACUUCUCCAUUGCAGAUCCUGAAAUUAACAAUCCGAAACCCAUUAUAGAGGAAAUAAGUGAAAUAGAACCCCUCAACUUGGAAUAUAGUAAAGGAAGUGGUAUAUAUUCUGAUACUUCAUCCACUGUUAUCAGUAUAUCAACAAGUAAGCUUUUUGAGUCUGCUCAAAACAGUCCCAUGAAAAAAACUCGAAGUCCACAGAGAGAAUUGCCGAAUGGCAGCGUAAUGAGCGAAUCUAAUAGGAUUAGAUUAUCCAUAGCACCCACAAUAGAAUCUGUUGUAAGUGACUUGGAUUCAAUUACCACGGGCAGCACGAUGGAAACAUUCGAAACCUCUAGAGAUUCACCGGUGCCGCACCAGAGAGUAAUAAAUUUGAGGGAAGAAUAUCAAAGAGGAAAUCAUGACAUGAUUUCAAAUACGUCUUCAUUGCAUGAAUUGAAAACAAUUGAUCUAAGUGAUUCCAAUAAUGAUCUUGAAAGCCCAAGCCAUCAGGUCGAAAACAAUAAAUACUUUUUCUCACCGGAUGACGGUAGCAUCGAUGUUGCCUCUCCAAUGAAAAACGUUGAAGAAUUGAAAAGUAAGUUUCUGAAAAAUGACAGCGAUAUUAUCAGCAAUGUAACAGAAAGUAUAUUAACAAUGGAUGACAUCGGCAUCAAUGAUGCAUCAAGCGCUCGGAACACGCAAAUGGUUAAUGGUGAACAGGCUUUUUCGGGCACUCUGAAUAAGAAAGAUUUGAAUAAAAUCGCCAAUAUGCUCGAUGAUUCAAUCAAUGGCGACCCAAUAACCGUAGCAUUAAUGAAACUGGAAGGUACAUAUAAAAAGAUACCAGGAAAGCCAGAAAAUACAAAAAGUAGCGAUGCUAUUCAAUUGAAAACAAACAAGUUGGCAGAUGAAGUGGAAAUGCUGAACAUUAACAAUUUGCGGUCAUUCCCGAAUAGUCCUGCAGAAAAAAGGAAAUCUUUAUUAAUAGAGAGAAGAAGACAAACUAUUAUGAAUAUUCCAUUUACUCCCGAUCAAUCAGAGAAGGGAGAUUUCACUACCUCUUCACCUGAAAAGACAAACUUGUCCGGUAAUGUUGAUGUCCCCAUUCAAGCUGCACAGAUUCAAGAGCUGGUCAGCCAAUAUGAGAUCCACGAUUCAAGACUGAUGAUUUCUAAUAAUGAAAACCACAUUCCGUUUAUCCUGAUGUAUGAUUCGCUCUCUGUGGCGCAACAAAUGACUCUGAUAGAAAAGGAGAUUUUGGGAGAAAUAGAUUGGAAAGACUUGUUGGACUUGAAGAUGAAACAUGAAGGCCCACAGGUUAUAAGUUGGUUACAACUAUUAGUGAGAAAUGAGACGUUGUCCGGUAUAGAUUUAGCCAUCUCGAGAUUUAACCUAACUGUGGAUUGGAUUAUCUCGGAAGUUCUUCUUACCAAAAGCUCCAAAAUGAAAAGAAAUGUCAUCCAACGAUUUAUUCAUGUUGCGGACCACUGUAGAAAAUUCCAAAACUUUAAUACAUUGAUGGAAAUAGUCUUGGCAUUGAGUUCUUCAGUCGUUCAAAAAUUUACUGGCGCUUGGCGUUUGAUUGAGCCAGGUGAUUUACUAACUUGGGAGGAACUAAAGAAAAUUCCAUCAUUAGACAGAAACUAUGCUACAAUAAGAAAUCUACUUAACUCGGUAAAUCCACUCAUGGGAUGCGUCCCCUUCAUCGUUGUAUACCUUUCGGACUUAUCAGCAAACGCGGAAAAGAAGGACUGGAUUCUAGAAGACAAAGUAGUGAACUAUAAUAAGUUUGACACCAACGUUCAAAUAGUUAAGAAUUUCAUACAGAGGGUCCAAUGGUCCAAGUUUUACGCUUUCGAAGUUAACCAUGAAUUGCUGAGUAAAUGUGUUUACAUCAGCACCUUGACACAAGAAGAGAUCAAAGAAUUAUCUACGUGA